AUGAACAACAUCUUCACGUAUGGUUCCAUCUCGGAUAUUCCGCUCUAUAACUGCAGCGCGCAUACUUUCGAAGAAUGGUCCGAGCGUGAUGGCGUACGUCGUCCUCUUUAUGGAAUCCUCGAUAUGGUUUAUGGGAUCGUAUUCAAUAUCCUCUACGUCCCAAUCCUUUCUGUCCUUUUUGAAAAAGACAACAUCAGAAUGUCCUGUUACAAGAUCAUGAUCUUCCUGGCAACUGUUGACAUGAUGGCACUCUGGGUCAACUCGAUCAUCACCGGAUUCUUGGCAUUCCAGGGUGCAGUUUACUGCACAUACCCAAACCUAAUUUAUAUUGCCGGAAUGGCAGGUUUGGGUCUCUGGUGUUGCUCUUGUGUCAUUGCAAUGAGUCUUGUGUUGAAUCGGCUUCUGGACUUGACCAAACCAGAUCUGGGAAGCUUGCUUUUUGAAGGAAAUCGUACUUAUUUCAUGUUGAGCUUUUCAUUAAUUUAUGGAAUGUAUUUUGUCGUCUUCACACCACCCAUCGCAUUCUCAUCCAAGUAUCACACUUGGUUUUUUGAUCCUCUCAUUUUUGUGAAUCGAACUGAAGAGUACGCCAAUAUUCCUCAUGGCUUCAACAACAUUCUCGUCGUCAGUGUCACUUGUCUCCUGUAUGUCUCCUUCUGCUUCGUUCUUGGGCAGAAGUUCAAACAAGCCUCCGACGGAACCUCUUCCAAAUCUAACAAAAUGAGUACUCAAAUCUUCCUUCAAUCGGCUUUAAUCUGUGCAAUCAAUCAAAUCGCCUCCAUAAUCUACGUCAUCAUGAACUUUAUCGAUGUUCCGUUCUGGCUGAUCAUCGUUGGGCAUAGCAUGUGGCAGUUCGGACAUGGUGCACCUGCUCUCAUUUAUCUGUGCUUGAAUCGCACAAUUCGUAAUGGACUAUUGAGAAAACUUGGAUUGAAGAAGCAAAAAGUCGGCUCAGCCAUCAAUCGUGAUUCCAACAGUGCCGCAUUCACAAAGACUAAUUGA